GGUUAUGAAUACAGCCGGAGUGGAAACCCUACCCGGAAUUGCCUGGAGAAGGCUGUGGCAGUGCUAGAUGGAGCUAAAUACUGUUUAGCUUAUGCUUCUGGCUUAGCUGCUACUUUGAAUAUUACUCACCUGUUAAAGUCAGGGGAUACGAUUAUCUGCAAUGAUGAUGUCUACGGAGGCACAAACAGAUACUUCAGGAACGUAGCCAUGAAAAUGGGUUUGAAUAUACUUUUUGUUGACUGCACAAAAGUGGAAUGCCUGGAAGCUGCAAUUACACCAGAGACCAAGCUUGUUUGGAUUGAAACGCCCACAAACCCCAUGCUGAAGGUCAUUGAUAUUCAGGCCUGUGCAGAUGCAGUACAUAAGCAUAAAGAUGUUCUUCUGGUGGUAGACAACACUUUUAUGUCUGCAUAUUUCCAGCGUCCUUUAUCUCUGGGGGCUGAUAUUUGUAUGUAUUCUGCAACCAAAUACAUGAAUGGGCAUAGUGAUGUUGUAAUGGGACUUGUUUCAGUAAACUGUGAUGAUCUCUACGAAAGGCUCAAAUUCCUACAAAACUCUCUUGGAGCUGUUCCAUCUCCCUUUGACUGUUACCUGUGCAGUCGUGGUUUGAAGACAUUACAAAUCCGGAUGAAGCAACAUUUCCACAAUGCAUUAGCUGUUGCUCGAUUUCUUGAGUCAGAUUCCCGGGUGGAGAAAGUCAUUUUCCCAGGCUUGCCUUCACACCCUCAGCAUGAGUUGGUCAAGCGGCAGUGUACUGGCUGUCCUGGGAUGGUAACCUUUUACGUUAAAGGACGUCUCGAACAUGCUGCUACCUUUCUCAAGAAUUUAAAGGUUUUUACACUGGCUGAGAGUCUGGGUGGAUAUGAAAGCCUAGCAGAGCAUCCGGCCAUCAUGACUCACUCUUCAGUGCCUAAAGAAGAUAGAGAAGUCCUUGGAAUCAGUGACACAUUAAUUCGCCUGUCAGUUGGUUUGGAAGAUGAAGAAGAUUUACUGGAAGACCUAGAUCAAGCUCUGAAAGCUGCCUUUGCAGACCACAAGGAUUGA